CUCCAGCCUCGAGGAAGAGAGCGGUACCAUCUUCGAAGAUUCCACACGGGGCGCCGAGAGGGAGGCCUGUAAAAGACGCCGUUGGUACCCGUGAGCCUUCUAGUACCAUCGCCAUCAUCUACGACGGUAUACGGUGCAGUCAGUGAGUGCGAAGAUGAAAACCGUAAAAAACGUUAAGUGGUGCCUUCUGUCUUUGUUUUUGUGCUCGGAUUUCCAUGGUUCGAUUGCACAGAGCUUCGGAGCGCAUACGCAAUUCGCUCCCAAUAUCGAUAGAACCAACAGACUUUCACCGCAACAACAAGGGCAAAUCCUAAGCGACAUUCAACAGCAUCAGCACAGAUUUGAUCUCUCGCAAAAUCGACACGCUUUUGAACCACAGCUUUUUCAAAAUCGGCAACAACAGCAGAACUUCCAACCAAUCAUAAAUCAACAGUUCACAUCGCAAAGUCCAAUUCAACUUAAUAAUCAAGAAAAUUUUGCGCGAAAUGAAUUUUUAAACACGCUACCUUUACUUAAAUCCAUCCCUUCGAACGUAAUACCUACCCCUCAACAGACUUUCCAACAAAUUUCUUCACCAACUUCCCAAACUCCUUCUAAUCAGAUAAUUUUCCCGAGCCAACCACCUACCGAAGCUAACAAAAUUCUCCAACAUCACACUCAAACCAAUUUUCAACCAUCUAGACAACUAAGUCCGUUUGGACCACAGUUUGUACAACCAAGACCUACUUCAGAUCCUCUUGCAGCUAUCGAACAACAAAUCAAGCUUCUAGAUCCAGAGAAACACAAACAGAAAAUACAAGAAUUGAGAGAAAAGCAAUCGAUAAUUGAAAAACAUAAUAAGUUUGUUGAAAGGCAGUACGAAAAAGCUUUAAAGAAAGCCCAAGAUGAUCAUCAAGAUUUCGUAGAGAAGCAAAGAAACCAGAAGAAGCAGCUAUAUCAAAGAUUGUAUAAACCUAGUAACAACGAUAAUAUUCGAUUACCUCAGUCACAGCCUAGAUACAUCUACCCUGAGGAAGCAAAUUUAUUCGAACGAGCUAUUAAACAGUACUACAUAGAACAUCCAACAACUACUACCACAACAACUACCACGACAACCCCUAAACCAAGCACAACUACCAAAAAACUUUCUGUAAAAUUACCAAGUUUCCUUCCAACGGCUUUGCCUCAAUCUAGACUCAAAACUAUCCAGUCGUUGGAUGAUUUAGACCAGCUUCAAAAGGAAUAUAAAUCGCAGAGGAUUCGGAAAGAUGACUUAAUUGAACAACUCAGAUUAGCCAUUAGCAGAAGUCAAGAAGAAGAUGGUUCUAAAAACCUGGCUUCAAGAGAAAUAUCCUUAUCUAACGGCAAAAAAAUACAAUUCAUCAACGCUGACGAUGCUUCCAAGCUUCCAAAAGGAAAAGAAGAAGAAAUCACUUUGCCAGACGGUAAAAAGGUAACAGUUAUUAGAGCUGACAAUCCCGACAAUAAGAGCGAUGAAGAAGUUACUUUACCAAGCGGUCACCAGGUGCAAAUUAUUAGAACUUCAGAUCCUAACGCAAUACCAAAAGGUAUUGGAGGUGCACCGCAAGAAAUCACUUUACCUAACGGUCAAAAAGCACAGUUGAUCACUACAAAUCAGAAAAAACAAAGCGUUACCGUUACUGAACCAACUCCUAUCGAGGAAAUUAUACUACCUAACGGCGAAAAAGUUGAACUAAUCAGAACCUCAGAUCCCAACUUGGUAUCAGAUGGCGUAAAACUAGAACCAGGUAGUGACCUGGAAAAGUUAGUUUUUUCUAGAACCACUACAACAACUACAGUAAAACCACCAAUGGAAAUACUAGAUGAACUUACUAAAAGUGUUCCAUCUUCAAACUAUGAAUUACUAAAAACCGGAGCAAGUGGAGGUUUGGAAACAAUUGGCAAGCAUCUACCUAAAGAGAAAAAAGUAACUUUCGUACUUCUAGAAGAACAAAGUGAUGGUACUCUUAAAGUACAAGGUGUUAAAGGUAACGAUAAAGACAAGAAUGUAGACAUUGACGCUAUUCUUAGCAAGAUAAAACGAGGUGAGAUAAAGUUACCAGAUAAUCAUAAAAUUGGAUCAACAACUAAAAGACCUGAAGUAUCGUCUACAAUAAGAACUAUUCAAACAUCUACUUUAAGACCAAUUAAAGCAACUAUAACUCCCAAUUCUUUUGCUACAGAAGAGUCAGACAGAUUUGUUUCAACCACUGGCUUUGCCUCUGAAGAAGAUUCUAGCUCUGAGAUUCCAUCGAUAAAAACAAAUAUAGGUACUCAAAUUAUUUCAUCAUCAUCCAUAUUGCCAUACUUUUCUUCUCCUACCACAACUAGAAGUCCAAAGAAGGCUUCAAGAACUGCUCAUAUAUUGAACAGCCCUUCUGACGAUCUACAAAAUCAAGCUUCCAGUGUUCAAACCUCCCCAAGCAAAAACUUACUGGCACCAAAUCCCACUGACGUAACUAUCCAAAAAAGCGUGACACCUUCAGUAAACUUAUUUCCAAUUCAAGAAACUUUCACAUCACCCGAGUCUUCGAAAGAAGAGAUGACUGAUAUUUUGAAGAAAAACAACUUAUUCGCUAUGGCUAAGUUCUUGAAGCAGUCUGGUUUGGACACCAUUUUGAACGAAACAGGACCGUAUACGAUAUUUGUUCCUACAGACAAGGCUUUCAGGACUUUGUUGAUUCAAUUGGGAGGACCUGAAAAGGCCGAAGAGAAGUUCAAGGAAAAUCCGAGGUUAUUAAGUGGGCUACUAUUACAUCACGUAAUACCAGGGGCGUUCAAAAUAAGUUCUCUACAAGAUGAAAUGACUGGAGUGUCUUUAGCUGGGACGCAGUUGCGUGUUAAUCAAUAUAAAAUGCAUGACAAGGAAUGGAAUGAUGUUAAAGUAACGACAAUUAAUGGAGCUAAAGUUUUGGACGAAACUCAGGAUAUUGACAUUCCUCAGGGUGUUGCGCACUCUGUUGAUAGGGUUAUGUUCCCAUUACCAGUUGGAGAUAUUGUUCAAACUCUUCAAUCAGACAGAGAGCGGAGAUUCACCAGUUUGCUAAGGGCGAUUUUUGCUUCUGGGCUAGAUGAAAUGUUGCAAGGUUCGAAAAUCUUUACCCUCAUUGCACCAACGGAAAAGGCCUUCUCAUCAUUGUCGGUAGAAGACUUAACGAAGUUGGUUACUGAUAAAGUGUUGGCCAAAGAGUUAGUUUUGAGGCAUCUUAUCGUUGGUACUUUGUAUACAAACGGAAUGAGGUACUACCAAGUAAAAGACAGCGUACUGCCUGACCGACAGCUCACUUUUAGCAAACAAACAGGUAAAGUCAAAGUGAACAACGUUCUACUAUCAACGCAGAAUAUACCUGCUACAAAUGGUGUCAUACAUGCAAUAGAUACUCUUCUCUGAACAUUUUGACCAUCUAUUUAUUUAGUCUUUCAUUAUUUCAUUUCAACAAAUCUGUAUUUUAAUGAGAGGAUUUUAGAACGUCACUCGACAUUGUAGGUUUUUACAAUUAUUGUUGUGUAAAAGAUUUUUAGACAGGUCAGUGAGGUAAUCAGAAAAUAGAUAGAUCAUUCAGAUCUCAAGCCACAUUCGAUAUUCAGGAUCAAGUCAGAUUUCCGCGAGUGCUAAUGACAUGGUGUUUUUUAUUUUAUGGUCUUGGAUUUACUAUAUUUGUUGUCUAGUGGCUUGGGCUUUUAUGUAUGAUAAAUUCAUCAAGCUGUGAUUAACUAAGGAAAUUUGAAACUAGUAAAUAAAUUAAAUUACGUGUUUAGAAAUAUGUGAAUAUUUUUUGUUUUCAAAAUGUUUUUGAGCCAUUAAAAAUUUGUGGAUUUUGCGAUGUUUUAAGAAUGAUAAAUCUACUACGAUUUUAAAUUCAUUUUAUUAGAAAUUUCAGUUUUGUAUAUUUACUAGUAGGGAAUUAUAAAAAAAAGGAAAAAUUAAUUAUUCACUAAUUCAAAAUUGACCUAAAAAAGAUUACCACACUGCAGUCAAAGUUGUUUUGUUAUUUUUUUGUAAAUAUGUUUACUUUUAAUUGCAAGAAAAAUCUAUGUAGGUG